ACGUAAAUCCAAGCACCACCACUUCCAUGGUAGACUACUUGCAGAAGCUCACAACUCAAUACCUUUAUACAUGUUUCUUUCCCCGGCGACUCGCCGGAAAAACACCGGCCGUGUCGAGCUCUUCGCCGUAAAAACACCGGCGGUGUCGAGCUCUUCACCGGCAUCAUCAACACCUAUCCCUAACCUUCAUGAUUAAAAGAGGAAUUAAAUUAUCAGCCUUCGAUACUGCAUUCACUCAGCUCGUUUCAUGCGCGCUUCGACAAAUCUUAUAUACAGCUAAUAUUUACUAUAUUAGUAUGGGAGAAAUGUUGUCAUUUAUGGAAGAUACACCACAGGGAAGUGGGUAAGUACUAAGUUGGUUAUUAGAUUAAUUCCUUUUGUUCACUUAUGGAAGAUAUACCAGAGGGAAAUGGGUAAGUACUCCUACAUAUCUCCUUCCUUUAUCUUGCAUAUAGAAGUCAUAUAUUGAUAAUACAAUUCUUCAAAUACUGGUUUAUAGAACUACUGAUAUUAUUACAUUGGGUAUUCACUGGAUGUCAGGGAAAGAGACGUUUCUCGUGGGGUUAGAAUUUGAUCAGACCUGUAUCAUUGUCAAUAUCGGAAUGAUAAUGUGAUAAAAUAAAGUAUGUCACAUAAUUAAGAAGAUCGAAGUUCAUUAGUUAUGAGGUCAUUCGGAUUUUAGAAUUUGCAGGUACAAGCUAAUAUAACAUGUGGGCUUGACGAUGCUUGUUAAAUAGAUAGAGCUUUAAGAAUGUCACUUCCUAAUUGCUAAUGGAGUAGAUGUUUUGCCGUCAAAACAUUUUGGUUGGCUUUGGGAUGAGUCUUGUGAUUGAUUUCUGUUAUUGGAUCCGAGAAUGAGUUAGUGGUUGGUUCUGAGAUCGGUAAUAGGAAAAAGGAAGCGACUAAUAUAUAUAUGGUUGUGUAAUAUAAUGAUACGCAUAUUGAUUUUGCGUACGUAUCAAAUAAGGCAGCAAAGGCCUCAUUUCCGCAUUUAGGUAUUUUAAUAGUUAAACUUCAAUGUUAGGUUAUUUUUCAAUAGUAUGGCUGUGGGUAAAAAAUUGAGAAAAAGGAAGACUACGGCGGCGGAUCUGCCAGAGGAAGUAAUUCAGAAUGAGAUCCUUACGCGGCUCCCUAUCAAAUCAGUGGUACGCUUCAAGUCUGUAUCUAAAUCAUGGCUUUCUUUGUUCUCUGAUCCCCUAUUUGUAAAAGAACACCACCGUGCUGCUCAAAACCCUGAAGAUUAUGAUUGUCUCAUAGCUCAAAAAAACACCAGAAUUGCCAUUCUUUCUCGAUACAAAGAAACAUUUCUACUCCCUUUAGCUAAUUCCUUUUUAAUUGGUUCGAUUAACGGUUUAGUUUGUCUCAGAAAUGGAAAGAAGUUAUUGUUAUGGAACCCUGCUAUACAUCAAUUUAAGGAAUUGACUAUUCCACCCCACAAGUAUUCUGUUCUGAGUAACGUCGGAUUCGGUUAUAAUUCAGCAAGUACUGAUUACAAGGUUGUUGUUCUGUCAGUGGAUAAAAGGUCUGCUACUCUUUACUGCUCUAGUUCCAAUUCUUGGAUUGAUAUAUCUGUUCCUGAUAAUGUCUUCCCUAAAGAUUGCAAUUAUCAAUUAACUGGUCCAGCUAUCAUCGCAAAGGAUUGUCCCUACUGGACAUUUAUCAGAUAUAGUCGGUUUAAGGUUUUUAUUGCUCUGAAGUUUGAUGCUGGAAGUAACAAGUUCAAGUUGUUGCCUGGACUUCACAUUGAUGGAGACUUAAGUAGAUCUUGUUUUGAGUUUGUUGAUAUGAAAGAUAGCCUUACUUUGAUAAUGUUUCAAGUUAAAUCUUCUAUGGUGGGUUUAUAUUCUUUGGACGAGGAAGAUGGAUGUUGUGUCUGGAGUAAGAUGUACAAUGUGGGACCUCUCAAUUUUCACCCACUUGUGUCACCGACACAAGGAUUUAAAUAUGGUGAUGAGCUUGUAUUUCGAUAUUACGGGGUGUUUUUCUGCUAUGAUCACGAAACACUUACAAGCAAACGUCUUGUCGGUACAAGUUCUACAAACAUACCCCCCUUCGUAAGGUGCUUUAGAUAUAUGCCUAGUUUGGUUUUUCUUAAAGGAAUGAAGUCUGCUCACUCAACUACCCAAACUCGUAGACGUGGUCUUUGCUCUAGGACUCCUUUGCGAUUACUCAACUCAUUACGCGAGUAAUCACUUGUUCAAGGCCAUUGGUCAGUUUAGACCCUAAUGACAUGAAACAUGAGAGGAUGGACUUGAAUGUGAAAGUCUGAGAAGUAGAAGCACCAAGUUAAAAGUGUAUAACUGUUUAAACAAAACUGGACUAGUGGACUGGUAUGCAGAUGCUUGUUUGAUUGAAUGUUUUUGAUGUUGAAUGCAAACUUAAAUUUCAAUGUAAUAAUGCAAUUUAAACUUGAGUAACAUUGUUGGCUUGUUUUUGCUACACAAAUGUUUAUUUUAGCAAAGUUUCACUGUUUUUGAUACAUUAA